AUGUCGACUGCGCCUUUUGACAACCUGGCGGACUCGGACGGACUCGGACGGCGAGAAACAGGAGAUGAGUCCUGCGUGACCACCUCGGCCUCGCACAGUAUAGCAAAUGGGUCAAAUAUGCACAGAUACACGAGACUGGGUAUGGUUGGCAAAUUGCUAGAAGCUGGUUUUAUGACCAAGUCUGGUGCUCUAUGUACACAACUUUGCCGACCGGGAAUACGUCGGAAGGGCCCACGAUAUUUCCAGUGUCCAAUUUUCGGCCCAAAAUUCAGACUCCCGCCCCGGCCAGAAAUGGAGGGUAAGAAAGUGUUCCAUGCCGCCUUCAAUGCCCUGAUUCUCUUUUCCCAGAUUUUCUUACCCCGAAUCUUCUUGCCCCAAAUACUGGAAGGCACCAAGAUGCACUUGUCUUUUCCCGCUUACUUAAGGUCGCAAACUUGGUUAGACUACUGCAGGGAGGAAGGUGCCCUGCCACCAGCGUGCUUUCUCUUCCAUAUUUCUCGCCCUUUCCAAGUCCCGACUAUCACCAACGACCGUCGCCCCCUCUUUGCUCUACAAGUUCCAAACCCAAGCCAUGGACAAGACAGCGUCUCAUUGGCCGCCGAGUACCACCGAUGUUUCCUACCUACAUCAUCACAUCGCGCGGCCUCUCAUCAUCCUCGUCUGUCUAGCCCGCGCUACUCCUUUCUCACCCCGUCGAGAUCCAUCACCGGGUCCAUGACGAACUUCUCUGCAACACCAUCAUUUCAAUCCCUCGUCUGCGGCAUGUCUUACGCUCUAGCGCCUCACUCAUCUAGGCACUGCGGAUGCAUUGAAUACCUAGCUGUGCUCUUCAAGAAAGAGGUGAUGACGCCGUCCAUUCUUGGAUACAUAACCAACUCCUUCCUGGAAAUGGCGCUGGAAAAGCAUUGCUUACGGUACUCACACCCAUCGCCCGCCGACUCACCUGGAACCUACCGCCCUACAUUGGAGGGCUCGCUCGGCCUAGUUUGUCACAUAUUGCACUGGCUCGUCUCGAGCGAUAGUGUUAAAGCAAGAUAUCGUCACAUCCUAUCGAUCCAAAACUGCCGGCCUGGACAAACCCACGACUCCACCACGCUAGAGAAGGUCUUGCAACCACCACCUUCUUUGCGGCCGCCGCCCAGAUACUCGUACAGUUGCCAGCCAACCAUCAAUCCCAUGGCCACAAAGGUCAAAGGCAUGUCUGAGGCAAUGUGGUUAACAAGCGGCGAUGCGUUGAUCAAGACCCGCACCAAAAGGAUGUGUCUCGAUCACGCCGCAAGUGUCUGUUCCAGUCGAUGGGAAACAUUGGUUAUUGCUACGUUGAUUGUUGCUAACGCCCCUGUGAGUGAACGCCUCGUGGAGCAGGUAUGCACGUUUCGACCUCUCUGGUCACCUUCCGCUAUUCCGUCUGCACGAAGCGGCCGGCGUGAAGAAAAAAGACUAUACCACUCCCUUGGGACGGUCGAUAGGUCGGUAAAGGCCUGCCUGCCAGCUAGGUCUGGCAGGGAGUACCACACCAAGAGGGGUUACAUCAACUAUUUGCUAGCUUCAUCCUCGGCUUCCCACCAUGCGCCCCAGAUGGAGCACAUCCUGACUCGACACUUCUCAGGUUGGAAAUUCGACGGCGACCACGGCGGGCCCAUGGACCAGGCGGACCUCGGAGACAAGGACGAUACUUUGGAGCCAGGCGCAAGCAUACCUAUCUACUCAGUAGAUUACACAAGGAACGACGAAGCGGGGUUGGAUAUCAUCGCUCCAAACUCCUACAGCAUCCCCAAUCUUUACGCCCCUUUGAAGCUAGGCAUGGGUGAUUCGUCCUCAUUACAGGGAUCACGGGCGUCCAAUUCCGUCCCCACAACCACCACCGCCGCCAACAGGGAUGGCCCUGGAGAGUCCCUGGAAGGCCGUUGGCAUUCGCACAUUUCACACUGGAACCCGGUUCUGACAGCUCACUUCACUUCACAAUUGGAGCCAUCUCCACCCCCAUUCCCUCUUUUUCGUCACCUUACUCAGGGCCUCACGGACGACCUGAAUGAAUGGGCAUGGUGGUCGCAUCCGAUACGUCAACCGAUUCUUGCCUGCCGGUCCCCAGCUGUCUACGUUUCUUCCGUAAUUCCCCAGCAACAGAUUGCGGCGGCAAGGUGUUUGCUUGCUGCGCCGUUAUUUGCUACGCCGCAACCGUUGAUGUUAUGUUAUCUCUUGGUCAUUUACCAACAAAGUGGUAACGAGGACCGCAGACCAACUGCAUUGCCCUCCGUUGAUAUACCAAGAGAAAGGGGACAAGAGCCAAGAUCAUCACCGAAUCCCAGGCCCAUCUUUGUUCUAAUCUACUUUUGUCGUCACUCUCCGGACCAGGCUGUCUCGGAGCCUGGCGGAUAG